AGUCCCUGUCGUAUAUGGUUUUUUAUGCCACAGUCAAGAUUCACUCACGAAUCUCAUUUCAUUAGGUCUAAUUUCUCAACAUUAGUAAUGUUGACUUUAUUAACAUAAGUUUUCGUGAGGAGUACUACGAAAACUAUAGCUUUUUGGUAUCUUGGCACACGGCCUCUGUCAUUAUGCAUUGCUAAUGCUAGGCCUGGUUUUGUCUAUCUACUGUACACUGUAUGCACUGCAUCCCACUGCUGCGCCUGUAUUGCAUUCUGCCCCGGCUACAGCUUGGUAGAGUGGAGACUUUUCAACACCUAGCAAUGUCCAAGCAAGCAAAAGAAGGAAGGCCAUCAAGAAGACAGGCAAAGAAAAGAAAGAAUGAAUGCGAGUUGAAUGCUGCAAGGGCUGUGUCAAGAGUUUCUAAACAUCAUGCUCCUGAAGGCAAUACAAGUAAAUACUUUUCAAACAAAACUACAGAUGAAAAACGACUUGGACGAGAUUUUUUCAGCAAACCUUGUGUAACACUAGCUAAGGAGCUGCUUGGAAAAACUCUAAUUCGUGUCCUUGAUUCUGGCGAAAAAUUGUCCGGGACGAUAGUAGAAACGGAAGCGUAUUGUGGGAAAGAUGAUACUGCAUGCCACUCCUAUAAGGGCCGAAGGACUGACAGGAAUAAAGCGAUGUUUAUGGAGCCAGGAACUACAUACGUAUACCUGAUAUAUGGAAUGUAUUGUUGUCUUAAUAUAUCAAGUGAAGGUGAGGGCAAUGCCGUGUUAAUCCGUGCACUGGAAACCAUUGAAGGCUUGUCAGAAAUGCAGGUUCAUCGACAGAGACGUCGUAAAGAAACAUCAAAACCUUUGAAACCCCACCAGCUCUGUAGUGGUCCAGGAAAGCUAACGGAUGCCCUUCACAUCACAAAAUCUCAGGAUCAGACUGAUCUUGUCACAUGCCCAUAUAUGUGGAUUGAAAAUGGAGAUGUCACGGUAGAUAGCGGAGAGAUUGUCUCAUGUCCAAGAAUUGGAUUAGACUCUGUAGAAGAAACAUGGAGGCUUAAACUGCUUCGGUUCUAUAUAUGUGGUAACAAAUGUGUUAGUGUAAAAAAUAAAGAAGCUGAGAGACAGAUACAAGGCAUCUGAUUGGCUGUCAUUAUCAGCCAAUCAAAUGCAUUGUAUCUUAAACAAUUAUGGACUGAGUGGGUUCCAGUCCUCAAAUUUGUCUUAAUCAGUGAAAACUAUUAAAAAUAAAUUGAUUUUGACAAUAA